CCCACAUCGUCGUCCUCCCACUUUCCAUUUCCUCCUUCCAUCCGUACUUCCAUAUUAUUGAAGUCCGCGUACCUUGCCGUGCGUGCGUGAUGUCUCAACACACUCUUUUAACUCUUUUCGGCCUCGUGCUUGCCCAUGCGGCAAAUGCGCAGUCCCCUGCGUCGACGUCGCUCGAGCCGCUCGCGUCUAAGCAUUUCACUUGGCCGGAUAUACCCUUCCAGGUCACUGGCGACCAAGGAGGCGAGCGUGGUCCGCAGUCUGGCUUUAACUUGUGUAAUAGCACAACUGAGAAUCAGCAAUCUAAUUGCCAGACCGUAUUCCUAAACAACAUUGGCGACUUUUGUAUGUGGAGUUCAGGCCAGACAGACGAUACCAUCGGAGAAUCUGAAGCUCGUGAGGUAGCGUGGUGUACAGCUCCCGGACAUGGGACGCGCAUCAUUCCUCCCGGGGCAAUUACUGGCGCCCAAUGGCUGUAUGCGAAGAAUUACCUCCAGGUCGUGGGUUUCAUCGACCAGACUAAAGUUGGACUUGCCGCUGACGAUGCCGGAGGGGAGCUCGACCCGCACGGUGCAGACGAGCAAGGUAACCCUCUCGGUGGGAUCGUCUUCACGAAUGGUUUCGGCAUGAACUCCGCGUCUUUCCAGCAACUCGCCGGGUCUGGAAACUUUACGGGAAAUCAGAAUUAUACGCAAGUUAUCGAGUGGAUCGAUUUUAUUGGGAAUGGCCAGUUUUGUUUGAAGAUGUGUAACCCAAACGAUCCCAAUGCGCCUGAGCUUUGCCAGCAUAUUUAUGAUGAGAUUGGGUGCACGUAUAAUGCGCUUGCGGAUUAUGGGCAUGUUAAUGGCACUUUUGAGGUCUGCGACAGUGAUGACAUGACGCCGCCGGGAGUGUUCUCGACCAACGGCGCGUUGACAACGUGGUUCCAGCCUCAGACCGGCCCAGUUGUCCCUCCGUACACACCAACCAUCCCCGCAUCCUCGAACUGCGUAACCUACUCCUCCCAACAGCUGUUCGCGGCAGCAGCAACAGACACAGCAGCAGGGUUCACCAUCACCUCUUCUUCUGCUUCCGGUAGUGCAUCUGGUAGCAGUCGAGGUGGUUCGACUGGUGGUGCUGGUUCGACGGGGGGUGCGAAUGCCAGUGGUGCUGCGCCGAAUCUGCUUGAUACUACUGUGAUGCCGUAUAUCGCUAUUGGGUUCUUUACGAUCGUUGCUACUAUGAUGAGCAUGCUUGCGUGAUGUGCCUCCUUUUUAACUAACUCCUACAUGCUAUGUUGUUAGCACUAGCAUCAUGCUCCCAUCAAUUCAUCGCCUCCCCUCCUAAAAGAACCUGUUGUUAUUGGUUUCUUUGACAGUGACGGACAUCUGUGAUGAUCUCUCUUACUCCGUGUUUUUUGUUUGUUUUCCUUGUUGCUUUGGAUUUUGGUUUCUGGAUUUUUAGUUUCGUCUGUCGUAUCCCGGUGCUUGUUUGUUUUGUCUGGGUGUACUUUCGGAUGUACAUGUGGUUGUAGUAUAUAGGUCGUUCUUUAACGUUAGGUGUUUAGUGGUAUAAUAUUACAAAUGCAGCUGCCAUUUAAC